UAGCUUUCCAUUUUUUUUUUUCAGUUUUGGCCCAUAUAUAUAUUUUAUUUAUUUCCUUAUAUUAUUAAUAUCCUCCUCCUAUAGAACCCUAAUAUCACAAGCAUCGACCAAACUCAUUCAUAAAAGACUGCGUCAUGGAUAUAGAUGAUGAAUACGUAGAAGGUGAAGAGUACCUCAUCAUGGAUGAAAGUGAUAUCAUUAAAGAAAUAGACACUGAUGAAGAAGAGCUUGAGGAUGCUGAUGAUGAAGAAGAUGAAAACGAAGGUUCAACGCUGAUGAUGUUUAUUUAUAAUACAUUUAUGGCCAUUUAUAAGACAAAAAGAAAUAAAGGUAAAUUUGUGGUUACAGAUUUUGAUGAUGCUGAUGAAGAAGAUGAAGAAGAACAAGAAUAUGAAGCUGAUGAUUCGGUUUAUGCGUUCACUGGCCAUACUGGUGAAGUAUACACUGCUAUCUGCAGCCUGACAGAUGCUAAAUUGGUGGCAACAGGUGGUGGAGACAAUAGAGGAUUCAUAUGGAAGAUUGGUCAAGGUGAUUCUAGUUUAAAGUUAUUAGAAGAUCACACAGAUUCUGUUUCUAGUUUGGCUUUUAGUUCUGAUGGUCAGUUGCUUGCUUCUGGGAGCGUUGAUGGGCAUAUAAGAGUGUGGGACACAACUUCAGAUAGUCUGAAGGGAAAACUUGAAGGUCCUGGAGGGGAAAUAGAGUGGGUCAGGUGGCAUCCGAGAAGGCAUAUGGUGUUGGCUGGUGCAGAGUAUUCUGCUGUAUUGAUGUGGAAUGUUGGCAUCCAAGAGGACAUGUGGCGCUGGUUUCUACUUUCUGGUCAUGGUGGUAGUGUAACCUGUGGUGAUUUCACUCCUGAUGGUAAAUUUAUUUGUACCGGGUCUGAUGAUGCAACCCUGAGGAUAUGGGAUGCAGAGAGUGGCGCAGAGUGCGGCCGAUGUAUCCAUGCUGUAAGAUUGUCGCAAGCUGAUUCUACAACGAAAGGACUAAAUUGCUUGGCAAUCAGCUUGGAUUCAACUCGUGCUCUCACAGGCUCAGAGGAUGGUUCUGCUCACAUUGUGAAUAUAAUUACUGGAAAGGUUGUCAAUUCUCUGAGUGUGCAUACACAGCCGAUAUUAUGUGCCGGUUUUUCAGCAAGCGGUUCUUGGGCUGCAACCGGAGGCAUGGACAAUAAGCUUAUUAUUUGGGACUUACAUACAUCAUCACCUCGCUCAACUUGUGAACAUGAGGCCGGAGUGUUAUGCUUGCUGUGGCUAGGGAAAUCUAGUUAUGUGGCAACGGGUUGUGUUGAUGGGAAGGUGCGUAUAUGGGAUAGCCGUUCUGGAGAAUGUGUGAGGACCUUUAGAGGACACACUCGUGCGAUUCAGUCUCUAUCUGCAUCGUCUGAUGGGAAGCACCUCGUUUCUGCCUCUUAUGAUAAAACAAAGACGCGUUUUCAGUAUAGCAGAGCUUAACUAAGAACAACCCUAUUCUUUCUGCAGUUUGAACAAGAUCUAAGUCCCAAUUCAUUUGAAUUGUUUUACAUUUUUAUAUUUAAUCUAGUUUUAGACACAAGGGAAAAUCAUUUGACAAAAUGCUUCUACAUCUCAAACUUUGAACAGUAGGCAUCCUUCUCACUUUCAUUAAAUUUCUUGACA